AUGAUUUCCCAAGUGGAAUUGUCAGAGAUGGCAGUUGAUAGAAGAGAGCGAUCCGGGUCGGCGAAUUCCGAUGCAAGUAUGUCUCCAGAACUGGAGAGUGAACCACUAAACUAUAGCUCCUUGAUGACUCUAGAAGCACUGAAACGUGCCGCUGGCAAUUUAGAUAUCUCGGCUUUCGAUCGAACGAGAUUAUUCCAUCCCAGAAAGCAUAGGUCGUGUCACAAGAGAGCGGAACCUGUAUCCGAGGAGCUUCGAAAACUGGAGAGCAGUAAGAAUUCAAGAGAAUACACCAAGAGGAAUCGAGACGAGAUUUCCCAAUGUAGAGUUUUGUUCAACAAAAUCCAUGCUCUUCAUUGUCGAUAUUGCGAAGUUGUCAAUGGACUUCGAAGUGAGAGUGUCCAAAGAAAUGUAUUCUCAGCGGUGGCAGAUUUUGAGAGGAUAAUUUCAAAUUAUCUUAAUUUUGGAACUGAUAUGCGCCAGAAACUCAACAUUCCAAUCGCCGAAGUGUUUCUUGUGGACUAUCGGAAGAAAGCUGAGGAAGUGGUGCUCUUUGAGCAUCGUCCCAAUACUCCAAACCAUCAUAAGGAGAAGCUAGUGGAGCUCAAAGAGCAGUAUGCGAAGCUGACAAAUGACAAGGAUAGUUUGAAUUCAUCCAAAGAUAAGACCAACUACGCCUCAUCGAAGAGCCGCUUAAACCAGAGGAUCAUGAGAGAGAAGCUGAAGAGUGACUGUUGGGAUUGUUGGAAAGAUAUUAAUACUAUGAUGGUUCAAGGAGACAAGCUGCAAGAGUUGUGUAUUCAGUUGAAGGAAGAUAUUUGGACAAAUAUCCUUGGAAUCUACUCCAAUCUUCUAGAACUUUCCAAACAACGACCAGUUGGAUCGGAUAAGCAACAGAUCGACAGAAUCAUUGAAUACUUUGCACCAUUCUCCCGAAAGAAGAGUGAAAUGCUGAUCAAAUUGGUUCCCCCAGAGGUUGAAAUUAUCGAGGAUGAAGCACCACAAUGUCUGGUACCAGAAAGUAAACCAGACAGGGCGUCGCCGGUUCCAAGACCGCAAAGUAUGGAUAUGAGUCAGGCAUUGCGUCCAGAACACCUAGCUGAGCUGAUGAUUCAUGACAGACUGAUAACUGACAAUCAAGCAGUUUCACAAGCUCUUUCAUCUCCAGUUUUCACACUUGCCUUGCCAACAAGACCAGCAACUGUGGAGAAGAAAGAAGCUAAUGGACAAAUGAAUACAGAAAGCUUCUACCAACUUUUGAAUGCCCCAACUGGCAAGAAUCCAACAAAGAAAGUGAAAUUCAACGAGGAUAGUGAUAGAGAAGAUGAGGAACCUCAAGUGGAACAAAAACAAAAUCCUCUCUCAAACAAUUUAAUGACAAUCCCAACAAUACCCGGUCCAAUUCCACUGGCAGGAGAAUUGAACACCAUGCUCCCACUACCAUAUCUCUACCCUCUCCAACCGGCUCCUCAAUUCCAAGCUUCUCCAGCAUUCUUACAAGCUAUGCAGCAGCAGAGAACUAUGGCGGCAUUCUUAAACUAUGCAUUCCGCCAGAAAUAA